CGACUUUGGCCUUGAUGACUAUUGACACUCAGAGUAUAGAGUAUAAAGAGCCCGGGUGAAGACGCUAAGAUCAGUAGAAAUCCAUCCGACAUCCUCACUCGAACCCCACCAUGUCCUCUCCUACCGCAACGUAUGUUCAGCUGGGAAGAAGUGGGUUGCGCAUCUCAGUUCCCAUCCUCGGCGCUAUGAGCUACGGCAAUCCCAACUGGGGGGCAACAGACGAAUCGACUAAGUGGGUUCUUGGGGACGAACAAGCGCUCCCAAUCCUGAAAGCCGCUUGGGACCGCGGUGUCAACACCAUAGACACUGCUAACAUGUACUCGAACGGUGAUUCCGAGCGCGUCGUGGCCAAAUUCAUCGAGAAGUACCAGAUCCCUCGCGAAGAGAUCAUCAUAGCCACCAAAUGCUGGGGCCUCGUAGGGAAAGGUCCCGACCACGAUGUCAUGACUUGGGCUCAGUUCCCGACGAUCAACGAGCGCAAGGAGUACAUCAACCAGUCUGGCCUUUCGCGCGCGGCUAUCUUUCACGCCGUGGAGGGCUCGCUGGCACGGCUCAACACGUCCUACAUCGACCUCCUUCAGAUCCAUCGUUUCGACUUCAACACGCCGCCCGAGGAGACAAUGAAGGCCCUGCACGACCUCGUCGAGUCGGGCAAGGUUCGUUACAUCGGCGCGAGCUCGAUGCGCGCCUGGCAGUUUGCUCUCCUUAAUGAAGUUGCGGAGAAGCACAACUGGACCAAGUUCGUCAGUAUGCAGAACGAGUAUUCACUGCUCUACCGCGAGGAGGAGCGCGAGAUGCUGGCAUACUGCAAGUACCAUGGCAUCGGCGUGAUUCCAUGGUCACCGCUUGCAGGCGGCUUGCUCGCGCGUCCUCGCGAUUCGGACUCGGCCAAUACCCCACGCGCAAAGCUCUUUUCCUCCCUGGGGCUUAGCAAGGCGGACGAGGUCGAUGCAGAGAUCAUCAAACGCGUCGAAGAAGUCGCCAAGAAGCGCGGCUGGACCAUGUCGCAGGUCGCCCUUGCCUGGGCACAGCGCGCUGUCACCAGUCCGAUUGUUGGCUUCAACUCGGUGAAGCGCGUUGAUCAGGCUAUCGUCGAUGGAGAGCUCACGGACGAAGAGGCCAAGUACCUGGAGGAACCAUACCAGCCGAAGCCCGUCCGCGGACACGCGUGAACGCUGACUGCCGUCCAUGCGUCUUUCCAUUGUAAGGCUACGUUUUACCCUUGCCUGGCAUUCGGACGAUCCCAC